AUGCCGUCGCAAGAGGCCAAGAUCCUCGGUGACUUCCUCCUUGCACCUGCUCCCUUGCGCGACUUCACCACCCUACGCGACUUCACCGACAUCUUCCCCCGCGCCCACCGCUCCAACCCCGCCGUGCAGGAGAUCUAUCGCGAGCUUCAGCACAUACGCGACAGGGAAAUCGAGCUGAUUCGCCAGGACAUUAUCGAUGAGGUCAGACGGUCCAAGCAGCUGAGGCGGGAGUACGCUCGGGAAAGACGCCACGUAGACGAUGCAACCGUCGCCGGACUGGACCCGAUUGCGCUUCAAAUGGAGCAGGAGCUCUCCGACCAAAGUCGCAAGAAACCGCACACGCUACAGACGGUCCACUCCGACAUUGAAGAAGCAUGCCAAACCCUCGAGGCCCAGAUCGCAGAGAUAGAGCAAGAGAACCGACGAGCGUUGGCUGAAGUUCAAGACGUUGUUGGCGCCCUCAGUGAGCUGCGACAUGGCCGCUUUGCACCGUCGUCCAGCGGAGAAAACAUUGGAGAAGAAGUCAUGGCCACGCUCAAGCAACUUGAAGCUGUGUGCGAUAAACCGGCUGGAUGA